UGUCUGGUUGUUGAUACUGCCAACCCCACAAACAUAUCCAUAUUCUUCUUCACUAAAAAUGCUGCUACAAUUCUCUUGGCCUUCUGGGUAGGAAGGAGUUCAAGCUGUGGAAAUGUCAAUAGCACCCUCACUCCCUCGUCUACACUCUCCUUUCCUAUGUUGCCCGCUCAAGCUUUCUUCUACCUCUCCUUGUCUUUCCCACAAGUUGGCUCAACGCUCGCCCAAGUUAUAUCCAUGCAUCAGAGCUGUUGAUCUUGAUCAAAACACGGUAGUGGCAAUCUCAGUAGGGCUGGUGAGUGUUGCGGUUGGGAUAGGCAUUCCGGUUUUCUACGAAUCUCAAAUCGAUAAUGCUUCCAAGCGAGACAAUACUCAGCCCUGCUUCCCUUGCAAUGGAACCGGCGCACAAAGAUGCCGAUUUUGCACUGGAAGUGGCACGGUCACGGUAGAUCUUGGUGGGGAUGAGAAAGAAGUGUCUAAAUGCAUUAACUGUGAAGGGGUCGGAUCAUUUACAUGCACCACAUGUCAAGGUUCUGGGAUUCAACCUCGAUACCUUGAUCGCAGAGAAUUCAAAGACGAUGACUGAAGUCUAUGUGCUGGAACGAGUAGCUGGAAUAUUGGACUCUCUUCGCGUCGAGGCUGCUCAACUUAAAAGAGGAGUUAAUGUUAAGAAAUUUUCACUUUUUUUGGUUCUCUUUUGUACACACCUUUACUACAUUUGUCAAAUUGCUUUCAUGCCUUCUUCCAAACCCACAUAUGAAGGAACGGUCUAACCUGUUUUCUUAUUCAUCUUCUCCUUCUUCUCAUGGUGUUUGUUGUAUUUCAAUAAACAUAAAAAGAAUUGUUCAAUUUUUUAUAUUGAGGAAAAUUA